AUGUCUCAUCUCGCCGCCGUCCAACCCGCCCCCAAGGCCCCCUUCGAGGUCAAGGAGGUUGAAACCCCUCAGCCUGGACCUCAUGAGCUCCUCAUCAAGAACGAAGCUAUUGCCAUCCAGCCUAUCGACGCCAAGAUCGCCAGGGUCGCAAUGCUGCCAAUCCCCUACCCAGCUAUUCUUGGUAGUUCCUUUGCUGGAACUGUCACCGCUGUCGGCCCCGAGGUCACCGGGUUUGCUGUCGGCGACAAGGUCGUCGCAGCUAAGACUGCCGGGGCCAUCGAGAACAAGAACAGCGCUUUUCAGAGAUAUGUAAUCUCCAGUGCCGUUACUACCACGAAGCUUCCAAGCGAUGCCUCCCUGGAUACUGCCGUUCGCCUGGUGGGUAACCUGGCUACUGUCCCUGCUCUGUUCCAAGCCACUUUGAAGUUGGCCAGGCCAGACCCUACCACUUCGGCACAGCCUCAAGGCAAGAAGGUCUUGAUAUACGGAGGAACUUCCAGCAUUGGUAGUCUCUCGGUCCAGUACCUCAAGCAAGCUGGAUACGACGUCGUCACAACCACCUCACCCCGCCACGAGGCCUUCGUCUCCCGCCUCGGUGCGUCCCAAGUCAUCGACCACACCCAAGAUUCCGAGACCACCGUCAAGGCUCUCAUUGCAGCGGGUCCUUACGACGUGGUAGUUGACACCAUCUCGACUGCACAGACCGUCAAGCUCCUGGCGGACGUUGUCGCAGCGCAAGGAGGCGGCAACGUUUACGCCCUCCAGCCUCCGUUUGCCCCAGAGACUCUCCCCGACGGCGUCUCGCGCGUUUUUGAGGGCUGGUCUCUGCUGCUGGCCAAGGAAGAGCAUGCCGAGUUGCUCAAGUGGACAUUUGCUACCUAUUUCCCUCAAGCUCUUGCAAAGGACAGUCUGAUUUCUGUUCCCCCAAGGAAGAUUGCUGGUGGACUCGCUGGGUUGGACAAUGCGCUGGACAUCCUGAUCAAGGGCGUUAGCAGCGAGAAGUUGGUUGUUGACCCUUGGGAGUAG